GACCCCUGUUUAAAUUUCUUUUUUCAUUUUUCUUCUUUUCUCACACCUUCUUCUCAACUUCCAAACAAAGCACAAAGCCUAAAUUGUAGAAAAGGGUUUCAUUAUCAACCGACACUGCAACAAAUUCGUUUCCGCAGAGGAAGGAGAGAAAAAAUGAGGAGAAACGCAAUUCUACUACGAAAUCUAAAUCGUAAGAAGAGGCUUAUUUCGCCUUCUAUCAACGGUCCUCUAAUCAAUUCGUCUUCGAAUACAACAACAGCAGCAGUUUCAAACUCCAAUUCUAUGGGUUCUCUUAAAACCUUUUUCAGUUUCACCGCAACCUUCACCGCUUCUACCACCGCCGAAUUUGAGUUGUCUCCGCAUUUCAGCCUCCGCAGAAGCCUGUGCUCAUCGUCCUCAAGUUCAUCAAAUAUUGUGGGGAUUGAUUCUGAAGAAAAGUUCAGAAGCUCUCUUCGUAAGGUUCAAGAUGAAACUUUGCCAGCAGUAUUCUACUUCACUGCAGUAUGGUGCGGUCCAUGUAGGUUAUUAUCUCCCGUCAUUGGACAGUUGAGCGAAAAGUACCCUAAUGUCACCACAUAUAAGAUCGAUAUUGAUCAGGAGGGGCUUGGAAGCGCCUUAAGUGAAUUGGAUAUUCACUCAGUGCCAACUCUCCAUUUCUACAAAGAUGGGAAAAAAGUGUCUGAAGUUAUUGGUGCUGAUCUUCAACGCUUGAAAGAUACCAUGGAAGACCUUUACAAAUAAACAUUGUAUUUGCACUUGAAGCUAGUCAGUCACAGCACAACAUAUAGGUUCGGGUGGUCCUGUCUAUAAACUUAAAACCAGUUUAGGUCCAUCUUUGCUUUGUUGUACUAGAUUCAACUGCUGAACCAUUGUUUUCUACUUACGGUAGUAUCAUCGAAUGAUCAGGUUGUUUCGUUUGGAGGGGAGAACGCUGUUGCGAAUACAAUAGACGCUAUUUUCUUUAA